AUGUCCGAACCAAAACCCGCCCUCUUCUUCCCAGCGGAAUCCGACGACGAGGAUGACAGUAUCCCCGUUGUCGUGGGCAGCAGGCAGGCUGUUGAGCCGUCGCCUUCCCCCGUACCACCGACCAUUUCGCGCGCGUCCAGUUCCUCAACUCGCGAAGCCUUGUUCUUCCCCCAUGAAGAUGAGGAAGACGAGGACGACAUUAUUGAGGUAGCACCAGCCCCUUCUUCCUCUGCCGGCCCUUCCUCGCGACCUUCAUCCUCCAAGCCUUCAUCGUCUUCGCUGAAGCGCCCCAUCCCGCCUCCUUCCUCUGCUCUCGACACUGCACCUACAUUGUCCCAGUCUGGCGUCCGACCAGGUUUCAUGCGUGGAUACCUUGGGGAGUUUGUCUGCGAGGGAUGGUCGUUGUCCAAGGGCAAAGGAUACUGCACCCCCGGCAGUAAGGUCGUGUUCGAGCGUCCCAAGCCGCAGAAGAAGGCUGAGACCAACGGGAUCCAGGCGAAAGCCGGUCCUGCGCGUAUCGUUAAUGGAAAGGUCGUCCAGGCAAAGGCGCCUAUCGGAGGCAAGCAGAUGAAGCUCAGUGCCAUGAUGUCCAAGAAGCCACCAGCGCCAGUGAAGAAGGCAGCGGCAAAGGCCAAAGUUGAUCAGAUUGUCCGCUUCAGGAAUGAGAGGGGUUUCGAGGUUGGCCGUCUGUCAGUCACAGAGGCAGGUUUCCUCGUUCACCUUUUGGACGCGGGUGUUAUCGAACUGGAAGGCCAUGUCAUCGACUGCCCGCAGGUUCUCGCCACAGGUUCGACGAUCCUCCUCAACGUCAAAGUCUUCCUCGGUCGCAAGGGCUUUGCCAAGAUUGAAAGGCAGGACCGCACGGCCCAGAGCACGUUCUGGCAGGAACAACAGGAGACCGAGGAGGAGGAGGCGAUGCGUAACCGCAAGGACGCACUUGGCGCCCUGUUCAGUGGGUUUAAGACCACGGCCAUCGCUAACCCGUCAGGCAGGAUCGGUGUCAAGCCCAUACGCUCAAACUCUCUCCUUCUCGCUCAGAAGAAGAGUGGAACUGCCGCCGUGACCAUUGGCGAGGAGUCUCUCAAACACUUUGAGUCGGGCAAAUCGUCCCCAACAAAGAGCACCAGCCCUCGUCACAGCUCGCCAGGGAAGGGCAAGGCCAAGGCAUCAGCGCGGAACAGCGACGAUGAGGACGAGGACAGUGGGGACGAAGCGGAGAAACUCAACGACGAGCAAAUGGGCGAGCUUGACACCAUCUACCGAAAGUGGAUGAAUGACGCCAAGCUGGAGGAGACGGACGCACCGGACUCGUUCCUUUACACCUUGCGACCUUACCAGAAGCAAGCACUGACAUGGAUGAGGGCGCGCGAGUCGGGCAACGACAACUUGCGAGAGUCCAACCAAACUCUUCACCCCUUAUGGGAGGAGUAUGCUUUCCGCAAGGAACAGGCAAUUGAUGAACCGAUCGAGAUUGAAGACGACGACGACUGGAUCGACCCUUCGCGCAAGUUCUACUGGAACCCUUACAGUGGCGAGCUCAGCCUUGACUUUCCCAAGACUGAAGCAAGCGCUCGCGGUGGUAUCCUGGCUGACGCGAUGGGCAUGGGCAAGACGUGUAUGAUGGCGUCUCUCAUUCACAUGAACCGCGAGGACGAGGCAACUCCACCUUCUCAACCCGUCGAUGACGAACCAGAGGCACCCAGCAAGCGUCGCAAGUUUGUCCAAGUCACCCUCUCGAACCAGUGGAAGGCCGUCGCGAACGCGCCCAAGCCGACCAAACAGCCUCCACGCGCGACGCUUGUCGUCUGCCCCGUGUCACUCGCGCAGCAGUGGCACGACGAGCUCGAAAAGAUGUCCGCCAAGGGAUCGCUCUCCAGUUUCCUGUGGUACGGCAAUGACCGUGCCGACGUUGGUCGUCUCCUGGCACAGGAAGGCAAGAAGAAGAUCGACGUCAUCAUCACCAGCUAUGGUACCCUCGUCAGCGAGUUCUCUCGUUGGAAGAAGAACAAGGACAAGCCAAACUACGAUGGAUCCAGCAUUUAUGAUCCUCACAACAUCAAGAACCGCACGGCGCAAAUGUCCAAGGCGUGCUACGAGCUCAAGGGCCGCAAGCGCUGGGCUCUAAGUGGUACUCCUAUCGUGAACCGCCUCGAUGACCUCUUCUCUUUGCUCUUUGUCACCAUUCCUUUCCUCAACCAAGACCCCAAGGCCAUCAACGUUGUGCAGUAUAUCCUUGAAUCAUGUCUUCUUCGCCGCGAAAAACACAUGCGCGACAAGGACGGAAAGCUCGUCGUCGACCUGCCGCCCAAGAACAUCGACGUCCAGGUCCUUCGAUUCUCUCGUGCCGAGCGCAAGAUUUACGAUCAGCUCGAGAGCAGCGCCAAACGCCGUUUCAUCGAGAUGGACGCCGACGGCCGUGCCAUGUCCAACUACACAUCCAUCUUGGCCAUGCUGAUGAAGUUGCGCCAGUGUGUUGACCACCCGCUCCUGGUCAUGGCCAAGGGUUCGGGUGAGGAAAAGGAUGGCGACAAGUUACUCGACGACGAGGGCGAUGUCAAGCAGCUCAUCUCAAACUACGCCGGUGGCGACGAUGGCCAGAGCACGAGCGCGGUGGACCCGACAUACGCCCUGCAGGUCCUCAAGGAGCUUGGAGACGCCGAGUCGUCCCCAGAGUGUCCUCUCUGCUAUGGCGAGGUGUUUGACGAGGUCCUGCUGCCAUGUUAUCACCGAGGCUGUCACGACUGCAUUGUCGACUAUAUCGGCCACUGCGAGGACACUGGGAAGGAGGCGUCUUGCCCUGCAUGUAACAAGGGACCGGUCAAGGUGUCGGACCUGCGCUCCGUCCAACGCCGUCGCCGUCGCAACCUCCUGGACAAGGGCGACGAGACAUCGAUCACGCUCGGUAAAGUGGACAUUGUGUCCAGCACCAAGCUGCGCGCGCUUGCCCGCAAGCUCGAGCAGAUGCGCCAGGACGAGCCACAGUUCAAGGCUCUUGUGUUUUCGCAGUUUACGUCUUUCCUCGACCUGAUUGAGACCACACUCACCAAGGAAGGUGUGCGCUGGCUGCGGUUUGACGGAUCCAUGAGCCAGGCGCAGCGUGCCGCCACCGUGGAAGAGUUUGGACAGCCCAGCAAGGAGCCCGUCGUGCUCCUCAUCUCGCUCAAGGCCGGCGGUGUCGGUCUGAACCUGACCAUGGCGAACCACGUCUUCAUGAUGGACACAUGGUGGAACGAGGCCAUUGAGCAACAGGCCAUCGACCGCGUGCACCGUCUCGGCCAGACCCGCCCCGUGUUUGUUACGCGGUACAUUAUCAAGGGGACCGUCGAGAAACGCAUCAUGAAGAUUCAGCGCCACAAGACUGCCCUCAUCAACGCUUCGCUGUCCAAUGGAUCCAAGGACAAGAACGCGACGUUGGCCGAUAUUAAGAAGAUCUUUGGUCUUGGUGAAGCGGACAGCGAGGACGACGGGUUCUGA